AUGUGGCGGCCAAUGGACCAGCAACUGCAACCCAAGCAGCAGCAGCAGCAGCGGCAGCAGCAGCAGCAGCAACAGCAGCAGCAGCAGCAGCAGCAGCAGCAGCUUGUCGGCGGAGAAGGAAUUGCGCAUCGGCCUCUACGGCAUCCCUGCAGCCCAGCGAGGGACUUCAAUUUUUAUGGCUGGCGUUGCAAAGGCUCGGCCUCAUCCCCGCAGCUGCACCCACUGCAGCAGCAGCAGCAGCAGCAGCAGCAGCAACAGCGAGCUCCUGGUGCUCGCGCGUUCCCGUUCGCUGCUGCCGCUGCUGCACCUCGUGGGUUUUUGCAGCAGCUGCUGUGGCAGCAGCCGACGCAGGAAGCUGUGCAGCGACAGCUUCCUUCACCUUCUGCUGCUGCUGCUGCUGGAGGUGCAGCAGCAAGCAGCUUUCGUUUGCCUAAUACUAUUAGCGACAGCGUUUGGUGUCUGUGCAAGGGGGCCCCCCUGCCGCCUCCUGCUGCUCGCGCACCUCUUUCUUUGCUGCAGCCAUUGAAACCCUUCAUCAGCAGAGGGUCUCGUACGGUGUACGUACACCUCAGCAGCAGCAGCACUCUCAGCAUCAGCUGCGCAGAAGCAAGCCAAGCAACCACAGGCUGGCUGCUCUCUCGCGUGCUGCAGCACUUGCGAGAGAAAGGGGAGGUGGAAGCCGCUGCGCACCUCGUGGCGCUUUGCUGCUGCCCCUGCAGCAGCAGCUGCUGCAGCAGCAGCAGCAGCUGCGGCAGCAGCAGCAGCAGCAGCAGCAGCAGGGUGUUGCUGUCUCCAGCUCAGCAGGAUUGGGUUGAUGCGCUGCUGCAAGACCGAAGUAAACCACUCUCCUUGCUGCCAGAGGGCCUCCACCUCCGCUGCUUCUAUGCUGCAGCUCCAGUGCAGGAACCGGCUUGUGCCCCUGCUGCUGCUGCUCCUGCUGCUGCGGCAGCAGCUGCACGCGGUGCUUCUUGCGCUGCUGAGGAGGGGAAACAAGCAGCAGCAGCAACUGCAGCAGCAGCAGCAGCAGGUGGAGGACCGCCUGCUGCUGCUGUUCAGCGGAUUUGCGAGCAGCAGCAGCUCAAGGGGCAGCAGCAGCAGCAACGCCUCACUACGCACAGUGUAUUGACUGAUCCUGCUGCGAGUAGUGAAGCUCCUGCUUCUGCUGCUACUGCUGCUGCUUCUGCUGCUGCUGCUGGCUCUUUAGGCUGUCACAGCACAGACGGCGGCUCUACUGCAUCCACCAUCAGCACCGUGCACCCGCCUCGCACGGAUACAGGCAGCAGCAGCAGAAGCAGCAGAAGCAGCAGCAGCAGCACCGCAUUGCGUUUCGCGUGGGGGCCUAAGAAGGCAUGCAUCACCAUCAGCGCAAGCAGCAGCAGCAGCAGCAACAUCAUCAUCAUCAGCAGAAGCAUCAACAGCAGCAUCUCCAUCCGCGUCAGCAGCAGCAGCAGCAGCAAAAGCAAGAGCACCAUCAUCAGCAGCAGCAGCACCAUCAUCACCAUCAGCAGCAGCAGCACCAUCAUCACCAUCAGCAGCAGCAGCAUCAUCAUCAUCAGCAGCAGCAGCAGCACGAGCAUCAGCAGCAGGCGCAGCAGCUGCAGUAGCCGCAGCACCAUCACCAUCAUCAUCAUCAGCAGCAGCAGCAGGAGGAUUAUUAAGCAAAGAAAGGGCUGGGACCUUGCUGCACUGUUGCGUGUUCACAAGACUUUCAGUGAAGAAGUGGCACGGUUUGUGGCGGUGGAGGUGCUGCUGGGGCUGCAGCAGCUGCAGAUACACCGCGUGGUGUAUAGGGACCUCAAAGCAGCAAACAUCCUCAUCGAUCUCGAUGGGCAUUGCAGGCUCGCAGACUUCGGCCUCGCCAAAAGACUCACAGGACAACUCAGAAGAACUUAUUCUUUCUGCGGAAGUCCAGAGUAUCUCAGCCCUGAAAUGCUCCUCGGAUCGGGUCAUGACUACAGUGUUGAUUUUUAUGCCUUUGGCUGUCUUCUCUACGAAAUGUUGGUGGGCGCUCCGCCCUUCUUUGCUGCUAACCGCAACGUAAUGUAUAUGAAGAUCAUGCAGGGCCGUCUAUCCUUCCCUUCUUCUAUAUCUAUUUCUGCUGAGGGUAGAUCGCUGAUUUCUCGUCUUUUAACAAAAGAGCCGCUGCUGCGUAUUGGAGUUUGCGGGGGUGUUAAAGAAGUAAUGCAGCAUAGAUGGUUUGAAGGCAUAUCUUGGAAUGCGGGGGAUCGUCUGCGUAUGCCCAGCCCUUUGCUGCCUUUGCUGCGAGAGGCCCAGGCUAAGGCCCCCUUCAAAGGAGAGGAAGUGAAGGUUGGGGCUCCUUCGUUUGCAUGCGAGCGAGGGCGUUGGGCGCCUGAAGGUGUUUGUACUUCUCUUGGUUUUGAUUAUACAAACCCUUUACGUCUACAAGACCUAAUGACUGGCGCGGUGAACGCCACAGUGGAAGGCGCAUGCGUUAACCCUGCACCAGCAAACCCCUCAUCCGAUGCAGCAGCAUCUGCAGCAUCAUCAGCAGCAGCAGCAGCAGCAGCGGCAGCGGCAGCAGCGGAAGGAGAAGCAGCAGACGAGAAGGCAGCAACCGGAGCAGUAGCAGACGAGACGGCAGCAACCGGAGCAGCAGCAGACGAGAAGGCAGCAAUCGGAGCAGCAGCUUCAGAAGCAGUGGCACGGGAGGCAGGAGCAACAGAAAGAGAAGCACCAGCAGCAGCACCUGGUGCAGCAGCAGCAGCAGCUGGUGCACCAGCAGCAGCAGUAGCAGCAGCAGAAGAGAGCAGUGCUACUGCGAGCAGCAGCGACGCAGUUUCCUCUGUUGCUCCCCUACGGGUUUUCUCUGAGUGCGAAGCAGCAGCAUUUAAGGGUUUAGCUGCCUCUAAUAGCUGUUUGAGCUAUGAGGCAGAGAGCAGUAGCAGCGGGGAGCGAGCGGUGCAGCACGAAGAAGACAAGGGCCUUGCAAUGAACAAUGACGAUGAUAAUGCUGCAGCUGCUACUGCUGCUGCUGCUGCUGCUAAUGCAUGCGCGGGGUUGUCUGCUGCGGAGACAGAGACGAGAACAGCCCCAGCCCCAAGCGAAAGCCCCUCAGAGGAGGAGCAGCAGAGCAGAGAGAAGGAAAAUAAAGACAACAACGCAGAAGCAGCAAACAACAGCAACGCAGCAGCAGCAACAGACAGCAGCAACGCAGCAGCAGCAACAACCACAAUAGCAAACAACAGCAGCACAGUGACAGCAAACAGCAGCAGUACAGCAGCAGCAGACAGCAGCAAUACAACAGCAGCAAACAACAGCAAUACAACAACAGCAAACAGCAGCAAUGCAAGAGCAGCAAAUAGCAGCAAUACAACAGCAGCAAACAGCAACAAUACAACAGCAGCAAACAACAGCAAUGCAACAACAGCAGCAACAAAGAUCAAUGCCCCCUCUUCCAACCCUCAAGAGAAGGCUCAGGAAGCCCCCCACCCCCAGCCGGCUACUCACGCUGCAAAGACAGCCGAGACAGCAACCAGCAGACAAUUAGGAAGAAAGUUAAAACCAAAGGUCAAUGCAAACAACGCCAACACUUCAGACUCUGCUGAUGCAUGCACGCUGCGCUCCCCGGGAGCAGCAGCCGGAAGAAAAAAAAUACAAACAAAAGAUCAUUCGGCAGCAUUUGCUGCUGCUGCCAGCAACAGCAGAAGCAGCAGCAGCAGUAGCAGCAGCAGCAGCAGUAGCACUAGCAGCAGCAGCAGUGGCAGCAGCAGCAGUAGCAGCAGUACCAGGAAGGAACCGCCUGGGGGAGAGGGUGCCCCAGCUGCAGGCGGUACCACUGCUGCUGCUGCUGCUGCUGCUGUGUGUGAGAAGGGGCUGGGGAGGCAGAAGUCUUCUCUGCCCCGUGUGGCUUCGCUGGCGUUGCAGCGUCGACUGCAGCGGGAGCGAUUGAGUGUAGGGGGUGAUGGUGGUGUCAGUGGAAGCAAAGGGCGCUCUACAGCAAUUUACAAUGGGCACGAAGGAAGCAGCAGCAGCCUACGCCUUUCUAUGCGUGCUCCUGCAGCCAAAGAGAGCGUCAAGACAGCGCAGAAAGCCACUGCCCACACUGCCGGUGAAUCAGCAGCACCACCACCACCACCUGCUGCUGCUGCCGCUGCUGCUGCUGCUCCUGUGCGCGUCUCAGGGGCACCUUCCCCAGGUGCAGCGCUGGCAGACCGCAAGGGGAAGGCCGAGGCGAAGCACGGGGCCCCGCAGCUGCAGCAAGGCAAAUCCGCAAGAGCCGCGUCUCCCCGCUGGAGCCACCACAGCACAGCCUCAGCAGCAAGGAAGUAA